AUGUGGAAACGGCCCCCCGAGUGUCGUCGGCUGUUAUAUGCCCGCGACCCGCAGAUAACAAGUGUGGCGCUUGAAACGAGCCCGCCCCCGACCGGCGCCAUCAAGUUCGCCAUCAGCCGGCUGGUGGAGCGCGCCGAGCCGCCCCCGCCGCCCCCGCAAGGCCGGAGUGACGUCACCACGAUGACGGAGGCCGCCUCCCAGCCGCAGGUGCCGCCCCCGCCGCCGCCCCCGCACCCGGCGCCGCUCAAGCGCUCCGAGACGUUCAGCGUGUCGGCGCUGCUGCGGCCCGACGCGCCGCGCGCGCCCCCGCUGCCGCUGCCUCUCCCGCCCCCGCCGCCCCCCACGUCCGGCCAGCAGCCCACCGCCUUCGGCGCCGCCCCCGUGCCGCCCCCGGCCGCCUCCUUCGCCGAGACGACGGUGUCGGUGACGCGGUCGUUCCUCUACCCCGGACUGCCGUUCGCCGACCUCAUCGCCAAGCAGCACCAGCACCAGGACCCCAGCGGCGGCGGCGACUACUUCCUGGCGCGCCAGCUGUCGGCGCCGUCGGCGGCGGGCUUCGCCUUCCCGCCCUCGCUGUACCCCUCUGCGGCGGCAGCCGCGCUGCACCACCACCACCAGCAGCAGCAGCACCAACAGCACCAGCAGCACCAGCAGCAGCACAAGGACCUGGUCGACGGCAACCGCAACCUGCUGGCCGCGCCCUCGCUCUACUUCAGCCUCGGCGCCGUCCAGGAGCAGCUGUUCCGGCUGCGGCACUCGCUGAUGGGCCAGUACCACGACCACCACCACCACCACCUGCUGCGCGGCGUGGGCGUGGGCGUCGGCGUGGGCGUCGGCGUCCCGCUGGGCGACGUCUACAGCUGCGUCAAGUGCGAGAAGAUGUUCUCGACGCCGCACGGGCUCGAGGUGCACGCGCGGCGCUCGCACAACGGCAAGCGGCCCUUCGCCUGCGAGCUCUGCAACAAGACCUUCGGCCACGAGAUCAGCCUCAGCCAGCACCGCGCUGUCCACAACGUGGAGAAGGUCUUCGAGUGCAAGCAGUGCGGAAAGUCGUUCAAGCGCUCCUCGACGCUUUCGACGCACCUGCUGAUCCACUCGGACACGCGGCCCUACCCCUGCCAGUUCUGCGGCAAGCGCUUCCACCAGAAGUCCGACAUGAAGAAGCACACCUACAUACACACCGGGGAGAAGCCGCACAAAUGCCAGGUGUGCGGCAAGGCGUUCAGUCAGUCCUCGAACCUCAUCACCCACAGCCGCAAGCACACGGGUUUCAAGCCGUUCGCCUGCGACCUGUGCGGGCGCGCCUUCCAGCGAAAGGUGGACCUCCGCCGCCACAAGGAGACGCAGCACACGGAGCUGAGGCCGGUGGCGUAG